AUGUCCAAAAAUAAACUAUGGUAUACCAAUGAAAUUAAAUACUUGAAUUCAAAUGAUGUGAUCAAGUGUGAGGAUCAUGGGAUCAUUGAUUUUUCAGGAGGAAAGACCUUAAGCAGGAACAGGUCCCUUUCAGAAGAGUCUCACAGCCAGGCUAAGAGGGAGAGGCCUACACCACAGGCCCAUCCAGAGACCUCAAGCAAGCAGGCCAUGUCCUGGCUCAGCCUCACCCUCCUGCUGCCCCUGCUGCUGGAGGCCCAUGAAUACCAAGGCUGUGGUCAACGCAAAUACUCAGGGCGAAUCAAGGGGGGCCAAGAUUCCAGCGUGACCAGAUGGCCCUGGCAGGCCAGUCUGCAGUUUAAGAAUUACCACCUAUGUGGGGGGACCCUCAUCCACCAGUAUUGGGUGCUGACCGCUGCUCAUUGCUUCCUAAAUUUUGAAAAUCCCAGAUAUUGGAAGGUUCAACUAGGCUCAGAUUCUCUCCGAAUACCAAGAUUCCACAUAAAUCGUUUAUUUCGUUAUUCUGUGACAAAAAUCAUCCUGCAUCCCAAGUACUCUGGUAGCCCACCCAAGGACAUCGCCUUGUUACAGCUAAGAUCACCAGCUUUUUUGAAGAUCAACAUCCAGCCCGUCUGCCUCCCAAACUCCACGGAUACCUUUAAGAAUGUGACUAUGUGCUGGAUAACAGGCUGGGGAAAAACAGACCAAGACAAAUUAUUGAAAAGACCCUGGAUCUUACAGGAGGCAGAAGUGCCCUUCAUUGACCAAAAGACCUGUGACCAAAGCUACCAAAAGUCAUUGAAAGAUCAAAAAUAUACUCCUAUAAUAUAUGAUGACAUGUUAUGUGCUGGUUAUUUAGAGGGCAAGAAGGAUGCCUGCCAGGGUGACUCCGGGGGACCUUUGGUAUGUGAAGUCAAUAAAAUCUGGCACCAAGCAGGGAUUGUAAGCUGGGGAAAAGGUUGUGGCAACCCCUUCUUUCCUGGUGUCUAUACCAAUGUCAGUUUCCACAUUUCCUGGAUCCAAGAGGUGAUAAAGUCUAAAGGUUCUACUGAAGACUCAACUUGUAUCCUUCUUCUCCUCUUCCUUCUCCCUCCCCUGUUACUACUCAGCACUAAUCCCAGCCUCUUCCCUGAGUCCAUCUCCCAUGAGUCCUACUUAACAUUUGACAAAUGUGAUCAUAGCAUGACUUAA